AUGGCGGCAACCAACGGAACAGACGUGGCCGUGCCUGCGCCUUCGUCCGAGGCUCCUGCAGUAGAGGACAAGGCUGGCUUCAGGCUCAAGUUCUGCACUGUGUGCGCGAGCAACCAGAACCGAUCUAUGGAGGCCCAUCUCCGUCUCGCCGAGGCCGGGUUCCCCGUCAUCUCGUUCGGCACGGGUUCCCUUGUGCGCCUGCCCGGCCCGACCAUCACCCAGCCCAACGUCUACCAGUUCAACAAAACCUCCUACGACAGCAUCUUCCGCGAACUCGAGUCUAAAGACGUACGCCUCUACCGCGCCAACGGCGUCCUCAACAUGAUCAACCGCAACCGCGGUAUCAAGUGGGGGCCAGAGCGUUGGCAGGACUGGCAGGUCGGCCUGCCGCGCACCGAGCACACGUCGGACAUGGGCAGUGUCGGGUCCGAGGGCGGCGUCGUCGACGUCGUCAUCACCUGCGAGGAGCGCUGCUGGGACGCCGUGGUCGACGAUCUGCUCAACCGCGGCUCGCCGCUCAACCGCCCGGUGCAUGUGAUCAACGUCGACAUUCGCGACAACCACGAAGAGGCCGCGCUGGGCGGUCGCGGCAUCCUCGACCUGGCGACGGCGCUCAACCGCGCGGCGGCCGAGGAGCGCGACAAAGUUGGGGCGGCUGUCUUUGACACGGGCGGGGCGGCCAGCCGGUCGAGCUUUGACGAGCGCGUGCCUGACAUUCUGGGCGAGUGGCAGGAACGCUGGCCUAAUCUGCCGAGCACCUGGACGCUGGCAUGGUUCUGA